CUCUCCCUGCCGCUGUCUCCAUGCACUGCCCUGGUGGUGGCUGAGCUCCUGCAGGCUGCACGGGGCAGGCCUGGACGUGGAGUGGGCACCUUGUGGCUCCUGGUGGCCCUGGAGGCCCUCAGCGGCUGGGCCUGUCCAAGGUGGAUCCACAGGCCCCUCCUGUCCCUGUGGGCAUCAAGGCUCUUGGAUCCUGCUCAGAGGUGGAAACGUGCAAAAGAAAUGCAGGAAUUCCACACCGCCCAACCUCAGCCUGAGAGGUUCUGACAAAGCUGCAGCCACGUGGAAAGCAAUGAAAACAGGUGGGGAGGAAGGCGGGUUUGGACCUUGCAUUCCUUACACAGCAGCUCCGGCCAGGCGUGUGCUGACCCCAUUCCGUCCGCAGCGGCUCCAGCCAGGGUCUUGGGGUUUGAAGGUGCUGAGGGGCGGCCUUUGUGUUCGGAUUAGAAGCUGGUAAUUGUCACAUUAAGAACUAAGCUCCUGCAACCUGAGAAGAUGUUACACAACCAGGGCCCCUGGGCUGAGGCCGAGGAGGGGGCCCAGGAAGGGUCAGAGCUGCCUGUGUACAGCUCCGGAGAGGGAAGAAGGUGCAGGCCUCGUGGCCUCAGCCCCAGGGGAGUGGAGUGUGGGUAGGGAACUGCCUGCCCCUCCCACCCCACCCAUCCCAGGACAGCUGGCCCCUGGGAGCGCCCUUGGGAAAGCCAAUCUCCUAAGCAGAAGGGCAAGUGGUUGGGAUCCAGGGGUGUCUGUUGGUUGUGGACUCAGGGCCCAGAGGAAGGGUUUAGGGCUCCUGUGGCCCUGCAGGCCCAGGAGGAUGUCCAUAGGACCCUGGCUGUGGGAGGCAGAGAUGACAGGCCUGCCUGGGCCCAGAUGGCAGGCAUAUAACCAACCAGUGACCAGAGCUUGCCCACCUGUCCUGGUGCGUCAGCCUCCUAGCAAUGGGCUUCAUGCUGGCUGCUCUCCAGAGCUCUUGGGGUUCAGGCCCUGUCCCGCUGCCUCUGGGCACCUAUGAUCUGCAAAGGCCCUACCCCUGGCCUGUGUCCCUGACUGUCUGGGACCCUGAAGUUGCCUGUGUGGUAUCUGUGUCCACCCCGCCCAGGCGACGCAGAGGAAUGGAAAAUAAUCCUACCUCAAGGAGCUGGUCCAUUGCCUGGCGUGGUGACUCACACCUGGAAUCCUAGCACUUUUGAGAGGCCGAGGUGGGAGGAUCGCUUGAGCUCAGAAGUUUGAGAGCAGCCUGGGCAACACGUGCUGAGACUCUUUCUCUGCAAAAAAUUAGAGUUUAGCCAGGCAUGGUGGGACGCACCUAGAGCUCCAGGUACAGGAAGUUCCCACAGGGGAGGUUAGGGUUCCAGCUGCAGGAGGCCUCGGCUACAGGGAGCCCCACAUGAUUGCACCACUGCACUCCAGCCUGGGGACACAGCAAGACCCCCAAAUAAAAAGCCGGUCAGAGAGGUUGAGAGCAAACAGCUGCUGGAAUGAGGCAUUGGCUGGUGGGGGAGGGCGGGGCCCUCGGGAGAGACCGGGAGCUUGAGUUGAGGGUUGGAGGCAGGUGGAAGGACCAGGGCUCCUGGGGCUGUCUUGGGAGCCCUCCUGAUACCCAGGCCCCGGGCCAGUUUCCUCCUGGUGGAACAUCCCAGACCUGAGCCCUCCUGCCCACUUUUCCAUGGACCCACACACAAGGAGCUGGGGUGGCCGGCUGCCCCCAGGCUGAGGCCCUGGGCCAGGCCCCUACUGGCUUUAGUAGAUGGUCAGACCUAGGGCAGGCACGAGCGCUUGGCCAUGCUCCCCGAUGCUGCCUGUUGGACCUCAGUGGGGAGGACAGACCAGGGCAGGGCCCAGGAGGCCACAGGGCCCAGUAGGCAUGGUGGUCCUGGCAGCCUCACAUUCAAGGGCUCUGCCCUCCUGUGCCCACCCAUGGAGGGCAAGUCCCUAUAGGGAGCAUAGGCCCUGUCUCCCCACCUGCCUUUCUGGAUGGCAAGAGUUGCUGUGAAGUUUCUAGAUGGCAGACAGGUGAGGAGGUGCCUCCUGGGUGUGCCCAGGCGUGGCCUGACAGGGCUGGGGUCCUGCUGGGCUGUCUGCUCCCGUGCCUGGGGCAGGUCCUCAGGUAGCCUCGUGGCUUCUGCUUCGCCCCCUCCCCACUGGCCUGUGCCAGCGGCUGUGCACAGAGGCCACAGUGGCCAGGAAGCAGUGUGAUAACUCCCUUUGUUUCUGGUGAAGUGUGCGGUGCCUGGAGCCACCUUCCCGGGUUCCAUGGCCCUGGGACCCAGGGGACAGGGAGGAGACGGUGCGGGGAUGGUGCAGGGACGGUGCAUGGCGGCCAGGGAUGCUGGGCGUCACUGGGGAACAGUGAGAACCGUUCUUCCUGGUAGUGAGGGUUCCCGGGCUGGGGGUGUGCACGCGGGCAGGUGGGUGGCCCUGGAUGGUGGAGGAUGGGCAGAAGGAGUCCUGUGGGGAACCCCCUCCUGCCAGCCCCUGGCCGACCCACAGUCCACUCCACUGCCUGCCCCAGGACAGGAGACUUGCUUUCUGCAGCCCUGGACCUGGGAUCUGAGACCCAGAAGCUGACUCCAUCCUUUGUCUGCUGUAUUCUGAGUUAGGGUACCCUUGCCCCUGCCCCUAGGUGGCCCUGGGCUCGCCCACCCGCCCUCAGUGCGGCUGAAGAGGGAAACGAGCAUUUGUCCUGCCCAUUCCUGGCUGCUCCCCGCCGGCCUUGGGUCUCUGGGUGUGGCCCUCCCAGUGGGACCAAUGCUGAUGGAGACGGGUUCCUGGGCACGUGGAGCUGUCCCUUACACAAAGCGGCUGAGGGGCCUCUGGCCAGCACCCCGCGGGUUAGGGCUCUGCCAUGGGUGUGUGCAUCUGCUCCGACAGAACGUGUGCAUCUGACUGGCGUUCCUGAGUCACCGUGGACCAGGGGCCUGACAGAGCAGCUGAUUCCUAUCGGGGAGCUGGGGCCAGGCCUCCUGUCUCUCUGGGCCUCCUGGCAGAGCCCCACUGGUCACAGGCAGCCUCCUCCUUCUGGCUGCUGGGUCUCUGUCCCUUUCCCUCUGUGGCUGGGCCUAGGGCUGGGACCACUACUCCACUCCACGCUGCACUGUCCCUGUCUGCCCCUGGAGGGGUGGUUGAAGGUGGCUGACAGCUGAGGACCCCCCCCAACGAGGCCCACCCUUCUUGCUCAGGCCCCAUAAGUCACUUGGAGUCUGGGGAGCUGGGGACUUGGACCCAGGAGGGAGGUGCCUGGCUGUGAACCUCAGGCGUGUGUCCCUGGGCAUGUCGCUGCCCACCGGCCCCACUGUCUGUAACGUGCAGCUUGGCCAAGGGGAUUCUGGGGUCAGGACCCAUGAGGUGCCAUCUGCUUUGCUCCUGGGCUGAGCCUGUGUCAGGCUGGGUGGAAGGAGCCGGGGAGGCUCCCUAACGGGGGAGUGAGAUCCCACACAGAUGUCUCUGGAAAGUGGAAUGUGGAGGGCGCAGGGCGCGCCGGGUGGAGAGAUGCCCAGCCGUGCCAGCGAGGCCCCGCAUCCUCCCGCCUGCCAUGAGCACUGGGAGCGGCUCUGCCGGCCACUCCUGCAGACUUGGGCCAAGGAGGUCGACAGAGCAGCUGGAGGGAGAUGCCCAGGCAGGGGCGGGGACUCCAGGCCCCUGGGCUGCAGGUGCAGGUAAAUGGAGAAGGGAGGCUGGGGGCACUGGGCCUCUGCAGGCAGCCACACAGCAGGGCUGGGUCCCGGUGGGAGGGGCUGUGCAGAGCUCCCUCCAGGGGGUGUCCCAGCCACCCAGCCCAGGUGUCUGAUGCCAGGGAGUCCAUGUCUGCUCGGCCCCUCCUCCCAGCCCCUCAGCCACCUUGUUUCUGCCCCUGUGGCUAGGGGGCCUGAGCCAGGCCCUUGCUGGGGCAGGGAGGCCAGCUUGGGCUGGGGCCAAUCCCAGAAUCCAGGCUGGGUUGGCACCGGCAGGGAGGGGUGGUGGGAUGGUGGCCGGUGUGUGGAGAGCGUGUUGGAGGGCAUGGUGGGCACUAGGGCCUCGGGAGGCAGCCAGGGCGGCACAGUUCGUGGCCUGUAGCUCCGUGGAGCAUCUGCGCUUUUCCCUGGAUUCACUCUAGCUCUUGGCCACAAUGUUGCCGCAUGUCUGUGACUGCUUGUCUCAGAGUUAUAUCUGUUUCUUGAAGAGAGAAAUGAACUUUCAUGCAGUAAAAUCUAAACGAAUUUUUGUAUUUAUUUUCCACUUCCGUGUCCUGUUUCAAAACUUAUUGUCCAGCCCAAGAUUUUAAAAAGUCGGAUUUUCAUCUAGUGUAAAGCAGGCUCAGGAAGAGGAGGAGGAGGGGAGGAAGCAGGGGAAUCCGGCUGGGUUUCCUUGCUCAUCCUCGCAAUGGCCGCCUGGCCCUCGGCCCUCUUGUCCGUGUCUGGCCCUGAGUUCAGAAGCCCUUGCUGUGCUGUUGGGGCCCACCAAAUCCGUCCCUUGUGGGGACAGCUCCCUCCAAGCCCCCUAGGGAUGGACCCUGAGGGUGGGGUGGGGGAGCAGGGGGCAGCCCCUGGGCAGGUCCUCCCAGGCCUGGUGAACACAGAGGCCCAUCCAGGGCGCCCCAGACUCCCUCAGCCAGUUCUUCCCGAGAACAGAACAGUUAAGCCCAAGCCCUGGAUGGAGGUGUGGGGAGAGGGCGUGGCUCCCGCCCCGGCAGGCAGGUGAGCGGCUGGGGAUUCAGUUCACUCUGCCCCACAGCCUCACCCCACCUGUGCCUGCGUCUCGGGGAGCUCAAGCCUCGGCUGUCCCCUCACUGGAUGCCUGGGGCCAAGAUGAUGUCCACACUGGGUGGCUUGCAGAGGUACUUCCGGGUCAUCCUCCUCCUCCUCCUCGCCCUGACACUGCUCCUGCUGGCUGGAUUCCUGCACACAGACUUGGAGCUGCUCACACCUUGCUGUGUCUAAACCGCAGAGGGGAGAGGGUGUGAUGAGGUGUCUGACCUCCCAUCCCAUCACUGCUGGGAACUCAGUUUUAAGCCUGUUUGAGGGUCAGGCCGAGGGGCCGCCUGUCACCAACAUCAUGUUCCUGAAGACGCACAAGACGGCCAGCAGCACAGUGCUCAACAUCCUCUACCGCUUCGCGGAGAUCCACAACCUCUCCGUGGCGCUGCCCACCGGCUGGCACGUCCACCUCGGCUACCCCUGGCUCUUCCUGGCGCGCUACGUGGAAGGUGUAGGGUCGCAGCAGCAAUUCAACAUCAUGUGCAACCACCUGAGGUUCAACCUGCCUGAGGUGCAGAAAGUCAUGCCCAACGACACCUUCUACUUCUCCAUCCUGAGAAACCCCGUGUUCCAGCUGGAGUCCUCCUUCAUCUACUACAAAACCUAUGCGCCCGCCUUCCGGGGCGCCCCGAGCCUGGACGCGUUCCUGGCCUCGCCGCGGACGUUCUACAACGACAGCCAGCUCCUCAGGAACGUCUACGCCAGGAACAACAUGUGGUUCGACUUCGGCUUCGACCCCAACGCGCCGGUCGAGGAGGGCUACGUGCGCGCGCGCAUCGCGGAGGUGGAGCGGCGCUUCCAGCUGGUGCUCAUUGCCGAGCACUUCGACGAGUCCCUGGUGCUGCUGCGGCGCCGGCUGCGCUGGGCGCUGGACGACGUGGUCGCCUUCAGGCUCAACUCCCGCAGCGCGCGCUCCGUGACCCGCCUGGCGCCCGAGACUCGGGAGCGCGCGCGGCGCUGGUGCGCGCUGGACUGGCGCCUGUACCAGCAUUUCAACCGCAGCCUCUGGGGGCAGCUGCGCGCCGAGCUGGGUCCACGGCGGCUGCGCGGGGAGGUGGCGCGGCUCCGGGCGCGGAGGCGCGAACUCGCGGCCCUGUGCCUGCAGGACGCCGGCGCGCCCCAGAACCGGACGCAGAUCCACGACCCGGGCCUGCGCCCCUACCAGUCAGGCGCGGCCGACAUCCUGGGCUACAACCUCAGGCCAGGCCUGGACAACCAGACGCGGCGUGUGUGUCAGCGGAUGGUGACGCCCGAGCUCCAGUACAUGGCGCACCUGUACUCCCUGCAGUUCCCGGAGAAGCCCCCGAAGAACAUCCCGUAGAUGGUGGAGGGGGGAGCGUACAGGGGGCGGGGGCCGGGGCCUCCCGCCGACACCAGCCCCUCUCUCCACAGUUGGGAAACCCAGGCCCGCUGGCCCCUGCUCUAAAAUGAAGAGGGCUGAGACCCCAGUGAAGAGCCGCCCCCCCCCCACCUCUGCCAUCCGCCCAGAUCCCUCCCAGAGAGGGCCCUGAGCCCUGGUGGAAGCCCCACCUAGUCUGCAGCUGUGCCUCAGUUCACCGAAUAGAACUGAACACGAGGCCGGGGGAGUGAUGGAUGCUUGACCACAGGCCAGCACGCUGCCGGGCAGAACCCCAUGCCCAUGACCCUGGGUCUCCCGAGGUUCCUGGCACUGGGGCUGUGGGUUCUCGGAGGAACUCAGAGUGUCUCCCCUGGAUUUCUCAGCCCUGGCAACAGGGUGCUGGUCCCAGAGACAUGCGCAGUUACAGGCAGUGCCACAAAGACCCCAGGCUCAGCCCUGCAGCCAGUGAUGGGGGAGCUGAGUGGAAACAGCUCCCAUCUUUGGCUAUAGGAGGUUUACUUCUGAUGGAAGGACGUUUUCUACAGAGAGAUGGAACCGUUGCUCAAAAGACAGGGGUCCACAUCGAACUCAACUCCACGGCCUCUGCUGUCAGGCAGAAAUGCUGGCGGAGGAGAGGACGUCUCACUCACCAAAUGAGGCGGGAGUGGUUGGGGCUCCACACACCCAUGGUUGCCUUGGAGGUGGUGUCAGGUGUGGUGCCAGAGGGCAGCUGUGGGCACCGUCUUUGUCAUUCAUUUGGAGGGGCAGAGCCUCCCUGCCUGGCAGGACGUGAUCCUGGCUGCCGGGACAGGGGACGGUUAACCGGUAAAGGGGUGCACACAUGUGGACAAGCCAGUGCCUGGGGCACCCAGGAAAUGUACCUACCUGGCAGCACGUUCGGAAGGCCACCCUCCCUCCCUUAGCCCAGGGACCCCUGCAGGCCACCCUCCCUCCCUCAGCCUAGGGAUCCCUGCAGGCCACCCUCCCCCACUCAGCCCAGGGACCCCUGCAGGCCACCCUCCCCCACUCAGCCCAGGGACCCCUGCAGGCCACCCUCCCCCACUCAGCCCAGGGACCCCUGCAGCUACCCUCCCCCACUCAGCCCAGGGACCCCUGCAGGCCACCCUCCCCCACUCAGCCCAGGGACCCCUGCAGGCCACCCUCCCCCACUCAGCCCAGGGACCCCUGCAGCUACCCUCCCCCACUCAGCCCAGGGACCCCUGCAAGCCACCUUCCCCCCAUCAGCCCAGGGACCCCUGCAGGCCACCCUCCCCCCAUCAGCCCAGGGACCCCUGCAGGCCACCCUCCCUCUCUCAGCCCAGGGACCCCUGCAGGCCACCCCCCCCACUCAGCCCAGGGACCCCUGCAGGCCCCUCCCCCACACUCAGCCCAGGGACCCCUGCAGGCCACCCUCCCCCACUCAGCCCAGGGACCCCUACAGGCUACCCUCCCCCACUCAGCCCAGGGACCCCUACAGGCCACCCUCCCCCACUCAGCCCAGGGACCCCUUCAGGCCACUUUCCCCCCAUCAGCCCAGGGACCCCUGCAGGCCACCCUCCCCCCAUCAGCCCAGGGACCCCUGCCGGCCACCAUCCCUCUCUCAGCUUAGGGACCCCUGCAGGCCACCCUCCCCCACUCAGCCCAGGGACCCCUGCAGGCCACCCCCCCCACUCAGCCCAGGGACCCCUGCAGGCCACCCUCCCCCACUCAGCCCAGGGACCCCCUGCAGGCCACCCUCCCCAUCAGCCCAGGGACCUCCGCAGGCCACCCUCCCCCACUCAGCCCAGGGACCCCCUGCAGGCCACCCUCCCCCUCAGCCCAGGGACCCCUGCAGGCCACCCUCCCCCACUCAGCCCAGGGACCCCUGCAGGCCACCCUCCCCAUCAGCCCAGGGACCCCCUGCAGGCCACCCUCCCCAUCAGCCCAGGGACCUCCGCAGGCCACCCUCCCCACCUCAGCCCAGGGACCCCCUGCAGGCCACUCUUCCUGGCUCAGCCCAGGGAGGGCACAGUAGGGCAUUCUGCCAGGUAAUGGGAAAGCAGGCCUGGGAUGAGCCCACUGGCCAAUGACAGGAGUCCCGAAAGACAGAAGAGACCACAAAUGAGAAGUCAGGUCACACAGAUAGCAAAACAUUCCCGGCCAAACCCAGGGCAGGGCUGCUUAUUCCAGAGGUCCAGUGAGGAAAUGCAGAUGAACUGGGAGGAAGAGUGUUUAUUUCCAUAUCUGGUUACAAGGAGAAGGCCUGGGAACGAUCGCCAGACCAACUCCAGGUUACAGAGUUUUUCCAGCGCUUACAUACCUUCUAAGCUAUAGGUCUACGUGUAAGCCUGCAUUUGCCUAAAGACUGUGGUUCAAUUCUUCCCUUCUAUAACUGAGCCUGAGUCCUGAAGUCCUUCCUCUGUAGCCUCAAUUUACUUAAUCUAAAUAGGUCCAGGUGCCUGGGUAUUACCCUUAUCUUGUCUUCCGCUAAAUCUUGGAGGUUUGGGGAGUUCCUUCCGACCCCAAUAAACUUGUUUGUGGAGGCCUGGGGAGUUUUUUCAGACCCCCAAUAAAAGUUGUUGAAUCUUCA